GCUAUUUUUGGACCAACCUGUAUUGUCGAUGCUUCACCACAAUCUCACUGACCCACUGAUGUCACAUGGACUACUUUGAUGAUGUUUUUAUUACCUUUCUGGGCAUGGAAACCGUACAUAGAUUUUCAAUGGAGGAAACAGAAAGCUCUCGGACUAAAUCUAAAGUUAAAACAUCUUAAACUGUGUACUGAAGAUGAACUGAGGUCUUCCGAGUUUAGAACGACAUACGGAUGCUGGAUUAAACAGGAGAAAGGCUUCAUCUGGAGUUUCCUGGGACCUGUUUGCUUCAUUCUUGCAAUAAACACAAUUAUCUUCAUCAGUAUCUUCAUCAGUCUGAGCUUAACUCUCAAAAACCUCAACCUUGACGUUUCACACAUGAGACAAACCAAGAUUACGGUUUUUAAAACUCUAGCCCAGUUUGUGAUUUUUGGUUGUCCCUGGACUCUGGGUUUAUUCAUUAAUAACAGUAAGAUGAUCGAGAUUCUCUUUCUGACCCUGAACUCACAGCAAGGGACCUUCAUCUUCCUGGUCUACUGUGUUCUCAAUAAUGAGGUUAGAGAGCAGUAUGUGAAGUGGAUGAGAGCUGUCUUUCUCAGGCUCAAACCAAAGACCUUAUUAGAUACCCCCAUCUAAAAAAACUAAGGCCCA